UAUAUACCAUUUUGUAGAGAAUUAAAUGAUGAAUCUUCUGCAAAAAACAGCUGAAUUGUAUCACAUGUAUUUCAUAUAAAUAACGUCAAUUUACAAAGCGGGUCAGAACUUAGUAUACACCCUUUAUUCACGAUCAGCGUCGGAAACUGAAUCGAGUGAUGUGUUUUGCAAAAAAAAAUAAGUUUUCGAAAAGUUUUUGCAAAAACACAUCACUCGAUUUAGUUUUCGACGCUGAUCGUGAAUAUGGACCUGGUUUGCUUCAAAGUGCUUUAUUCAUACAGAAAAACACAAAAGAAAGUUAUAUCUACUUUCUUUUUCUUUCUUUUUGGGAAAGAAACGAGAAAGUGCCGCCCCUAACCAUGUCUCGUCUUUCAAGAAUUAUAAUUUAUAUUUUUUUUCUUUUUCUUAAAGCAUGGCACAUGUCCAACAUGUCGAGUUACACUAGACGGUCAAAAUACCAGUAAUCACGAAUAUGUUCAACAAUCAUCUCAAUAUCCCCCACCAAAUAAUCCAUCAAAUCCAAACAAUCGGAGAGGUAAUGGUGGAGGUGGAGCAGCAGCAGGUGGAACAAAUUCAUCAAAUGGACCAUUUUCUACUAGUAAUUUACUUGAUUUUGAUUAA